GACGGGACGCUCCUUCAGCAACAACAGCUAGUCAGACACCUCGAUAGCUUUCUAGCAAACACAGCUACAACAUUCACUCCCUUUACACUGUUUUGGUGUAUAUUGGUCGCUGUGUAUUAAACACACUUCUGUCGUAUGUACUUGUUGGCCCAUUUAAUUAUAUAGUUACGUUGUUUGUCAGCUAGCUGGUUUGCUAAGUUAGCUUAUUACUAGGCUAGUCGCUAAUGCUAGCUAGCUAACAUCCCCGACCAUGAGUUCACUAAGCUACUCUCCUCCUGAUAAAGAAGAGGUCUGCUGGACGGAGGAAGAAACUCGUGUGAAAGAGGAGGAGGAAGAGGAGGCUGUUACAGUACAAAAACAAGAAGAGGGUGAGGCUGUUACCGUGAAAGAAGAAGAGAAAGACGUUUCAGUGAAAGAAGAGGAAGAUACGUUCAGAGUGAAAGAGGAGGAGGAUGUUACAGUAAAAGAAGAGGAGGAGGAAGAGAAGGAUGUUACAAUACAAAAACAAGUAGAGGGUGAGGCUGUUACCGUGAAAGAAGAAGAGAAAGACGUUUCAGUGAAAGAAGAGGAAGAUGCUUUCAGAGUGAAAGAGGAGGCGGAUGUUACAGUGAAGGAAGAGAAAGAGGAUGUAGUUUAUGGAGUGAAAGAGGAGAAGGGGGAGAUUACUGUCACAUUGGAGGAAGAAGAGGAGGUUGGAGAUCUGUUUAACACCAGAGAGAGACGUGACUAUUGUGGACCUCAUGAUGCUGACGAGGCAGAGAAGAGUCUCUCCAGAUCAGAACACCUCAAGAAACACCUGCAGAGAUCCACAGGAAAGAGAACUCACUGCUGCUCCGACCAUGGGAAGAGAUUCACCUCCUCAUCAGGCAUUCAUCAGAGAAUCCACACGGGAGAGAAAUAUUUUAGCUGUACUCAAUGUGGGAUGAGUUUUACUACAUCUAGCCAUCUUAUUGUACACCAGAGAACACACACAGGAGAAAAACCUUAUAUCUGUGAUCAAUGUGGGAAGCGUUUUGUUCAAUCUAGCGAUCUGACAGUGCACCAGAGAAUACACACAGGAGAGAAACCCUAUAGCUGUGAUCAAUGUGGGAAAAGUUUUAUUACAUCUAACAUUCUGACUCGACACCAGAGAAGACACACAGGAGAGAAACCUUAUAGCUGUGGUCAAUGUGGGAAGAGUUUUACUGAAUCUAGCAAUCUGACUCUACACCAGAGAACACACACAGGAGAGAAACCUUAUAGCUGUGGUCAAUGUGGGAAGAGUUUUACUACAUCUAGUCAUCUGACUGUACACCAGAGAACACACACAGGAGAGAAACCUUAUAGCUGUGGUCAAUGUGGGAAGAGUUUUGGUCAAUCUGGCCAUCUAACAGUGCACCAAAGAAGACACACAGAAGAGAAGCCCUAUAGCUGUGAUCAAUGUGGGAAGAGUUUUAUUACAUCUAACAUUCUGACUCGACACCAGAGAACACACACAGGAGAGAAACCUCAUAGCUGUGACCAGAGAUAAUCUGAUAAAAGAUCUCUGAUCAAAUAUCAGAAAAUACAUGGAGUUGUUUCAUGAUAUCAAUGAAUUAAUGUCUCAAUGUAGAAUGUUUUAACAUUGUAGUAGGAGUAUUUUAAUAAUGUCACAAUGUAGAAGCCUAAACGUUUGCCCCCUUUUCUAUUGAUUUCAGCAUGAUAUGGAUAUUAGCCCCAGGGGGAAAAUCUUUAACAAAAAGUGACUAACAAAAAAAAGAGUUGUGUUACACUUACCACGUUGGUGACCCACUUGAAUAGAAAUCCAACACUUCAAAAUGUAGCUAGCUGUUUUCUACAAAUGAUCCUCUAACCAGUGAUGUACACAUUAUUUCGAGAUUCCGUGUGGUUUUUGAGCUGUUAGUUUUAACAGGACGUGCAACCUCCUCUCUCUCCUCUCAGCACAAUUGAUUUCUACAUGAUAUUGAUGAGUGAUGACAAAUAAGUGUUGCGUUCCUUUGUUUAGGGACCCCUACAUUUAAAUGCAUCACUCCAAAAUGUAGCUGACUGUCUUCUGCAGGCUGUCCUCUAAUCAGUGAGAUAAAAUAUAUCUCCCAUUUCCAUGUGUUUUUUUAGUUGUGUUAGUUUCAACAGCACGUACAACCUGAUUUCCCCCCCAAUCGAUAUCAGUGAUUUAUUGCUACUUGUGAAAACAUAGCGUUUUUGGUGCUUGUGCAGUUUAUAAGGUGCUUGUUUAAAAAAAUACAAGUAAUAUGAUUAUUGUGGCAGAUGUUUGUGUAUAUAGUACAUUUUAUGUUUAGGUUUUCAAUUCAUCACAAACUGUUUCUGCAUAUUGGUUAUUGAUUUGGACACGUUAAACUGUGUUUUGACAUUGGGACACCUCGCAAUUGAAAAGAAGACUAUGUCCAGCGUCCAAUAUUACUUUGCUUGUAGUUGAAAGUGAAAGUUUAAAAUCUGUAUUUUUCGGGUCGUUUUUUAAAUGACUUGAAAACGACUUAAUUUCAACGUACUUUCAGGUAGCCUGGUGGUUAGAGCGUUGGGCCAGUAACCGAAAGGUUGCUGGAUCGAAUACCUGAGCUGACAAGGUACAAAUAUGUCGUUCUUGCCAGUUAACCCACUGUUCCCCGGUAGGCCGUCAUUGUAAAUAAGAAUUUGUUCUUAACUGACAUGCAUAGGUGAACAAAUGAUAUAUAUAUACACAUGGACGCAGUAUAAUCAAUUGUAUUAACAAUCCUACAUCACUACAGUAUUUCUUUACAACAUUCAAGUGCUAAUUGUCUUUAUUCCACUACUGAAGAAGCAUAACUCAAAUCACCUACUCACAUUUCAAACAUCCAGCCUGACAUAUACAUGUUUUAUUAUUCCAUGCCUCACCAUUAAGUUAAUUAUUGCCAAUACAUAUUAACAAAGGGGUGACAUUGGGGACUGGGCCCAGAUCCAACAACAUGCCUGUCGAGUGAACCCUGAAAAGAGAGAGAAGCCAAAUGUACUUUUGUUUGCCUCUUCUUGGGCAGAUUUAGUGAGUCUCAUGGUGGGUGUAUUUUAGGUCCCAGUUGUUGUCACUAGUCAACUUUCAGUGGACACCCCCAUAGUGUUUUUCAGAGCCCCUCCUAAAACCCCACGUGUUUUGUUUGUUUUUGUUAGUUCCCUCUUCUGUUUAAGGGACCUCCUAAAAAGAACAAGCUUAUAUUUGGGUUGGAUAUUGCAUUCAAUUAAUAUUUUAAUCAAUGGCAUUUCCUUAGGGUGCUCAUUAAUCUUUCAGUUGUUGUUAUUCUGUUCGUUGUGUUGUAAAUAUUUCUGUUUAUUUUCAUUGUAUUUUCCUGUGAAUCCAUUGUGUCCAUGUCUGAAAUGUGCUGUAUAAAUAAAGCUUGAUUUGAUUUCAACAAAUGAA